AUGGCUGGCUCAGAUAAAAUUAAUAGCCACCCAAUGGAGAACAAUGAUAACGCCCGAAUUAAUUUAACGGGUGCUGAACUAAAAGCGUUGGUAGACGACGCCGUUAAGAAGGCCUUAGAGCGGCAGUACGAAGAGUAUAGUGGGACUCGUAGUAGGACCCUAUCUAUACCACAUUCGAAGCCUCCUUCCAAGAAGGAUGAACCCAAGAAGGAAGAUGACGAGCGUCACCCUUCUAAUAAUCACAGCGAUCCGUCUCAACGGAUCAUACUGAAUCAAGGACCCCAUGAUAAGGGUUGCUCCUACAAGUCAGCGGCAGACCUGUCGCUAUCUCUUACACUUGAUAUAGUCAGAGGCAUGGCUGCCAAGGCCUCUGAAAAUGGAAAGAGAAAAAGGGAGGAUGAGAAUUCCCGUCGCUCCGAUAGGAAGAGUUCCGGGUUAAAAAGAGACAGUCAGCAGUCGGUUGAGAAGACCAAGUGCGAAACCUGUAGGAAAUACCACCUCGGGAAAUGCAGAUUCGAAUCUCAGCCCCUACCUUGUGGAAUUUGCAAAUCACAGGAACAUAAAACCCUGGAUUGCGAAAAGCUAAAAGAUGCAACCUGUUACGGUUGUAACGAGAGGGGGCAUGUCAAGACCAACUGCCCUAAGAAUCAGAAGAAACCCGAAGAAGCCAAAAGAACAAACGCAUGA